UCAGAUUUCAUUUGAGCCAGUAUGCCUCGCUCUGAUUGGCUGAGAGGUCAAAACUCUCGCUCUGAUUGGCUGAGAGGUCUAAACUCCGGACAUACUUCCUGUUUGAGUCGGAACAGGUUCGUCCUGCGGCUGACAGGUGUGCAGAGUCUACAGGUGUGUCCAGGUAAGCAGGCACGGAUUCCAAGUGGCAUGAUGGACACUUCUAAAGUGUGUUGUCCAGGUGGCUCUCUGGACCUCCGGCCUGGUCAGAGUGUUCCCGUGGAGACGGACGAGAGCAUGCACUACCAAGGACCAAACUUUGAGGGCGGGCAGACGGUGGAACGGGACAUCUUCCUCCAGCGUUAUUUCCACACAAGUGACAGUGUUGCCAGUUCUGAACUUAACUUGCUGCCACCGACGAGUUGGCCUGAAAAUUCCGUGGACGAGUCCGAGGUCUUGGAUCCACCUCUCCCACUCGUGUCCGACGUCAACGCCUCCUGUACCCCGCGUCUUUUUGGUGUCAGUCCCCGGUGUGUGCGGCCGUGCAUGUGUCACCCCCCGGCCCACCACGGGAACCGCCUGCAACACCCGCAUGCCAGAGAGGUCAUGUGUGAGACCGUCAUAGGUCAUCCCUAUCUGCCUGAUCCUGGUCCAGGAACCAAGGAGACCAAGUGGACCUUCAGUCUCCCAGAGGAGUACAGGAAUGUUUUCGUCACAUAUUCGGUGGACAUCGCCGCGGAGAUGACUCCCUUCACCAAGUUUCUGACCAGUCACGGCUUCAAACCAGCAAUUGAUAUAUUUGACAGUCCCAUCAGGCGAAUGGACAUCACCAGAUGGAUGGACAGAUAUUUGAAUGACCAAUCCGUCCUCAUCAUUGUGGCCAUCAGUCCCAAGUACAAAGAGGUUGUGGAGGGGAUUGGUAAUGAUGAGCACGGGAUGCACACGAAGUACAUCCACAACCAGAUCCAAUAUGAGUUCAUCCAACAAGGCUGCCUGAACUUCCGGUUUAUUCCGGUGUUGUUUCCCAACGCUACCAAGAAACACGUCCCCCGCUGGCUCCAAAACACGAGGAUCUACAAAUGGCCCCAAGACCCCCAGGACCUGCUGCUGCGCCUGCUGAGGAAGGAGCGCUACAUUAUUCUCCGGACCGAGACACCCCUCACCAUCAAAGUCAUCCCGCUCUGAGGACAUCAUUUUAUACUGCUUGUCCAUAAGCUGUAGCCUUCUUCAGGUGAGAGGCAAGCCUCGGACUUGCCUGAACCACUCAUUCCUCGUCUUAUUCCUUGACUUUAUCCCAAGGAAGGUGCAUAUUUACAGAAGUGAAACAAGGAUUAACGUCGUGUUUGUGCCACUUAAGGAAAAGUUGUACGGACAACAACUAUGAAAAGAUCUGAAAGAAGAGCAGUAAAGUAUGAAAUGGUGAUAAAUGUUUAGUCAUAAUGAUUGUUUCUAUUAAACAGGGAAGGAAAAAAAAGGAGGGCAAAACUUGUCAGGUUCAAACUUUCUUAUUACACAAGACAAGAAGCAAGGAAUGAGGCAGAGACAGAGUUCAAUUUUGCUCAUGAGGAGAAACGUCUGGGGCUGCACACUCAGUUAUAAUCUCCCACCACGCUCUGAGGCACAGCUCCUGCGCUCCUCUAUUUAUUCAGUUCCCUAGUUCUGUGUUUUUUAACCUUUUUCCAGCCAAGGUACAUUUAUUGGGUUGAGAAAAUCUGGAGGCACACCGCCAGCAGAAAGCAUUAACAAAAUAAAGUUGGCAGCAAAAAGUGUUGGAUAAGACUUUAAAACAGGGGUGACAAACUCAAAUACAGAGCGGGCCAACAUUUUAAACUGAACAAAGCUGCGGGCUGAGGUUGAACAAAUUGACCUUAUGAUAGGGACCCAAACAAGUUUUACAUUGAAUAUUGACCAAGUAAGGCUUAUAUUAUGUUAGAUCCACUAUGUACUGGACUCUUAUUAUUAUUAUGUUAAAUCCACUAUGGACUGGACUCUCUCACUAUUAUGUUAGAUCCACUAUGGACUGGACUCUCACUAUUAUGUUAAAUCCACUAUGGACUGGACUCUCACUAUUAUGUUAGAUCCACUAUGGACUGGACUCUCACACUAUUAUGUUAGAUCCACUAUGGACUGGACUCUUACUAUUAUGUUACAUCCACUAUGGACUGGACUCUCACUAUUAUGUCAAAUCCACUAUGGACUGGACUCUCACUAUUAUGUUAGAUCCACUAUGGACUGGACUCUCACACUAUUAUGUUAGAUCCACUAUGGACUGAACUCUCACUAUUAUGUUAGAUCCACUAUGGACUGGACUCUCUUACUAUUAUGUUAGAUCCACUAUGCUAUUAUGUUAGAUCCACUAUGGACUGGACUCUCUUACUAUUAUGUUAGAUCCACUAUGGACUGGACUCUCACUAUUAUGUUAGAUCCACUAUGGACUGGACUCUAACACUAUUAUGUUAGAUCCACUAUGGCCUGGACUCUAACACUAUUAUGUUAGAUCCACUAUGGACUGGACUCUCACACUAUUAUGUUAGAUCCACUAUGGACUGGACUCUCACACUAUUAUGUUAGAUCCACUAUGGACUGGACUCUCACACUAUUAUGUUAGAUCCACUAUGGACUGGACUCUCACACUAUUAUGUUAGAUCCACUAUGGACUGGACUCUCACACUAUUAUGUUAGAUCCACUAUGGACUGGACUCUCUCACUAUUAUGUUAGAUCCACUAUGGACUGGACCCUCUCACUAUUAUGUUAGAUCCACUAUGGACUGAACUCUCACUAUUAUGUUAGAUCCACUAUGGACUGGACUCUUACACUAUUAUGUUAGAUCCACUAUGGACUGGACUCUCUCACUAUUAUGUUAGAUCCACUAUGGACUGAACUCUCACUAUUAUGUUAGAUCCACUAUGGACUGGACUCUCACACUAUUAUGUUAGAAUCACUAUGGACUGGACUCUCACACUAUUAUGUUGGAUCCACUAUGGACUGGACUCUCACUAUUAUGUUGGAUCCACUAUGGACUGGACUCUCUCACUAUUAUGUUAGAUCCACUAUGGACUGGACUCACACUAUUAUGUUAGAUCCACUAUGGACUGGACUCUCACACUAUUAUGUUAGAUCCACUAUGGACUGGACUCUCACACUAUUAUGUUAGAUCCACUAUGGACUGGACUCUCACACUAUUUUGUUAGAUCCACUAUGGACUGGACUCUCACUAUUAUGUUAGAUCCACUACGGACUGGACUCUCACUAUUAUGUUGGAUCCACUAUGGACUGGACUCUCACACUAUUAUGUUAGAUCCACUAUGGACUGGACUCUCACUAUUAUGUUAGAUCCACUACGGACUGGACUCUUACUAUUAUGUUAGAUCCACUAUGGACUGGACUCUCACUAUUAUGUUAGAUCCAAUAUGGACUGGACUCUCACUAUUAUGUUAGAUCCACUAUGGACUGGACUCUCACUAUUAUGUUAGAUCCACUAUGGACUGGACUCUCACACUAUUAUGUUAGAUCCACUAUGGACUGGACUCUCACACUAUUAUGUUAGAUCCACUAUGGACUGGACUCACACUAUUAUGUUAGAUCCACUAUGGACUGGACUCUCACACUAUUAUGUUAGAUCCACUAUGGACUGGACUCUCACACUAUUAUGUUAGAUCCACUAUGGACUGGACUCUCACUGUUAUGUUAGAUCCACUAUGGACUGGACUCUCACACUAUUAUGUUAGAUCCACUAUGGACUGGACUCUCACUAUUAUUUUAGAUCCACUAUGGACUGGACUCUCACACUAUUAUGUUAGAUCCACUAUGGACUGGACUCUCACACUAUUAUGUUAGAUCCACUAUGGACUGGACUCUCACACUAUUAUGUUAGAUCCACUACGGACCGGACUCUCACUAUUAUGUUAGAUCCACUACGGACUGGACUCUCACUAUUAUGUUAAAUCCACUAUGGACUGGACUCUCUUACUAUUAUGUUAGAUCCACUAUGGACUGGACUCUCUCACUAUUAUGUUAGAUCCACUAUGGACUGAACUCUCACUAUUAUGUUAGAUCCACUAUGGACUGGACUCUCUUACUAUUAUGUUAGAUCCACUAUGCUAUUAUGUUAGAUCCACUAUGGACUGGACUCUCUUACUAUUAUGUUAGAUCCACUAUGGACUGGACUCUCACUAUUAUGUUAGAUCCACUAUGGACUGGACUCUCACACUAUUAUGUUAGAUCCACUAUGGACUGGACUCUCACUAUUAUGUUAGAUCCACUACGGACCGGACUCUCACUAUUAUGUUAGAUCCACUACGGACUGGACUCUCACUAUUAUGUUAAAUCCACUAUGGACUGGACUCUCUUACUAUUAUGUUAGAUCCACUAUGGACUGGACUCUCUCACUAUUAUGUUAGAUCCACUAUGGACUGAACUCUCACUAUUAUGUUAGAUCCACUAUGGACUGGACUCUCUUACUAUUAUGUUAGAUCCACUAUGCUAUUAUGUUAGAUCCACUAUGGACUGGACUCUCUUACUAUUAUGUUAGAUCCACUAUGGACUGGACUCUCACUAUUAUGUUAGAUCCACUAUGGACUGGACUCUAACACUAUUAUGUUAGAUCCACUAUGGCCUGGACUCUAACACUAUUAUGUUAGAUCCACUAUGGACUGGACUCUCACACUAUUAUGUUAGAUCCACUAUGGACUGGACUCUCACACUAUUAUGUUAGAUCCACUAUGGACUGGACUCUCACACUAUUAUGUUAGAUCCACUAUGGACUGGACUCUCACACUAUUAUGUUAGAUCCACUAUGGACUGGACUCUCACACUAUUAUGUUAGAUCCACUAUGGACUGGACUCUCACACUAUUAUGUUAGAUCCACUAUGGACUGGACUCUCUCACUAUUAUGUUAGAUCCACUAUGGACUGGACCCUCUCACUAUUAUGUUAGAUCCACUAUGGACUGAACUCUCACUAUUAUGUUAGAUCCACUAUGGACUGGACUCUUACACUAUUAUGUUAGAUCCACUAUGGACUGGACUCACACUAUUAGGUUAGAUCCACUAUGGACUGGACUCUCUCACUAUUAUGUUAGAUCCACUAUGGACUGAACUCUCACUAUUAUGUUAGAUCCACUAUGGACUGGACUCUCACACUAUUAUGUUAGAAUCACUAUGGACUGGACUCUCACACUAUUAUGUUGGAUCCACUAUGGACUGGACUCUCACUAUUAUGUUGGAUCCACUAUGGACUGGACUCUCUCACUAUUAUGUUAGAUCCACUAUGGACUGGACUCACACUAUUAUGUUAGAUCCACUAUGGACUGGACUCUCACACUAUUAUGUUAGAUCCACUAUGGACUGGACUCUCACACUAUUAUGUUAGAUCCACUAUGGACUGGACUCUCACACUAUUUUGUUAGAUCCACUAUGGACUGGACUCUCACUAUUAUGUUAGAUCCACUACGGACUGGACUCUCACUAUUAUGUUGGAUCCACUAUGGACUGGACUCUCACACUAUUAUGUUAGAUCCACUAUGGACUGGACUCUCACUAUUAUGUUAGAUCCACUACGGACUGGACUCUUACUAUUAUGUUAGAUCCACUAUGGACUGGACUCUCACUAUUAUGUUAGAUCCAAUAUGGACUGGACUCUCACUAUUAUGUUAGAUCCACUAUGGACUGGACUCUCACUAUUAUGUUAGAUCCACUAUGGACUGGACUCUCACACUAUUAUGUUAGAUCCACUAUGGACUGGACUCUCACACUAUUAUGUUAGAUCCACUAUGGACUGGACUCACACUAUUAUGUUAGAUCCACUAUGGACUGGACUCUCACACUAUUAUGUUAGAUCCACUAUGGACUGGACUCUCACACUAUUAUGUUAGAUCCACUAUGGACUGGACUCUCACUGUUAUGUUAGAUCCACUAUGGACUGGACUCUCACACUAUUAUGUUAGAUCCACUAUGGACUGGACUCUCACUAUUAUUUUAGAUCCACUAUGGACUGGACUCUCACACUAUUAUGUUAGAUCCACUAUGGACUGGACUCUCACACUAUUAUGUUAAAUCCACUAUGGACUGGACUCUCACACUAUUAUGUUAGAUCCACUAUGGACUGGACUCUCACACUAUUAUGUUAGAUCCACUAUGGACUGGACUCUCACACUAUUAUGUUAGAUCCACUAUGGACUGGACUCUCACACUAUUAUGUUAGAUCCACUAUGGACUGGACUCUCACACUAUUAUGUUAGAUCCACUGUGGUCGAUGGUGGUGCGGGGGGGCGUGGUUGGGGCGGGGCAUGGCUAAGAGGGGAGGAGUAUAUUUACCUCUACAAUUCACCUAGUCAAAUAUUUCAUAUAACCAUCCAUCCAUUUACUACCGCUUAUUCCCUUUGGGGUCGCGGGGGGCGCUGGUGCAUAUAUAUAUAUACAUAUAUAUAUAUGUGUGUGUAUAUAUGUAUGUGUGGGAAAAAAUCACAAGACUACUUCAUCUCUACAGAACUGUUUCAUGAGGGGUUCCCUCAAUCAUCAGGAGAUUUUGAAAAUCUCCUGAUGAUUGAGGGAACCAUCCUUGUUCUAUUAUCUGUCACAAUGUUUACAACCAUAUGCAUGUACAGUAGAUGGCAGUAUUGUCCUGUUUAAGAGUGUCACAACAUUGCUAUUUACGGCAGACGAAAACGUGACUGCUGUUGUUGUGUGUUGUUUUACCGCGCUGGGAGGACGUUAAUGAAACUGCCUAACAAUAAACCAAGAACUCGAUCCGAUCAUUCUACAGUUAUAACGUCAUUGGGCAGACACGAUGUUUAUAUCGUGGGAAAGCGGACGUGAAAACAGGCUGUCUUCACUCAGGUCCGCAUGGUGCUGGAGGGGGCGUGGCCUCAAGCUCCGCCUGAAUUUCGGGAGAAAAUUUGUCCCGGGAGGUUUUUGGGAGAGGCGCUGAAAAUCCGGGAGGAUUGGCAAGUAUGGUUAGUGGUCAGUUCCUUUUAUUCUAUUUCCAAUUUUGGAACGCAAAUCAAAAAAUAAAAUUAGGGCCAUUUUUCCGAUUUUCUUAUACAUAACAGAUUUUAAAAGAAAAAGGGCUUGAUUUUCAUCAAAAUAUUGCCAUAACGUUGGAUUUUGUGCGGUUUUCCUCUGAUGGGUUUACAUUUUUCCAGAUAAACACACAAAUCGAAAGAAAAAUGUUUCAACCAAAUGCAAAAAUGCGUAUUUAUUCAAUGAAACUUUUUAAAAAAACGAAAAUAGGACGUCUGCUGAACAAAGAUGUUAGCAUUAUGCUAAAGGCAAAGGAAAAGCUAAAAUACUGCUUCCGGUUCAAUUUGUGUAUUUUUCACACAGAUAAACACAUAAAUGGAAACAAAAAUGUUUCAACCAAAUGCAAAAAUGCGUGUUUAUUCGAUGACACUUUUAAAAAAACGAAAAUAGGACUUCUGCUGAACAAAGAUGUUAGCAUUAUGCUAAAGGCAAAGGAAAAGCUAAAAUACUGCUUCUGGUUCAAUUUGUGUAUUUUUCACACGGAUAAACACAUAAAUGGAAACAAAAAUGUUUCAACCAAAUGCAAAAAUGCGUGUUUAUUCAAUGACACUUUAAAAAAAAUGAAAAUAGGACGUCUGCUGAACAAAGAUGUUAGCGUUAUGCUAAAGGCAAAGGAAAAGCUAAAAUACUGCUUCCGGUUCAAUUUGUGUAUUUUUCACACAGAUAAACACAUAAAUGGAAACAAAAAUGUUUCAACCAAAUGCAAAAAUGCGUGUUUAUCUAUUCAAUGACACUUUUUAAAAAAACGAAAAUAGGACGUCUGCUGAACAAAGAUGUUAGCAUUAUGCUAAAGGCAAAGGAAAAGCUAAAAUACUGCUUCCGGUUCAAUUUGUGUAUUUUUCACACAGAUAAACACAUAAAUGGAAACAAAAAUGUUUCAACCAAAUGCAAAAAUGCGUGUUUAUUCAAUGACACUUUUAAAAAAAUGAAAAUAGGACGUCUGCUGAACAAAGAUGUUAGCAUUAUGCUAAAGGCAAAGGAAAAGCUAAAAUACUGCUUCCGGUUCAAUUUGUGUUUUUUCACACAGAUAAACACACAAAUCGAAAGAAAAAUGUUCAACCAAAUGCAAAAAUGCGUGUUUAUCUAUUCAAUGACACUUUUUAAAAAACGAAAAUAGGACGUCUGCUGAACAAAAAUGUUAGCAUUAUGCUAAAGGCAAAGGCAAAGCUAAAAUACUGCUUCCGGUUCAAUUUGUGUAUUUUUCACACAGAUAAACACGUAAAUGGAAACAAAAAUGUUUCAACCAAAUGCAAAAAUGCGUGUUUAUCUAUUCAAUGACACUUUUUAAAAAAACGAAAAUAGGACGUCUGCUGAACAAAGAUGUUAGCAUUAUGCUAAAGGCAAAGGAAAAGCUAAAAUACUGCUUCCGGUUCAAUUUGUGUAUUUUUUACACAGAUAAACACAUAAAUGGAAACAAAAAUGUUUCAACCAAAUGCAAAAAUGCGUGUUUAUUCAAUGACACUUUAAAAAAAAACGAAAAUAGGACGUCUGCUGAACAAAGAUGUUAGCGUUAUGCUAAAGGCAAAGGAAAAGCUAAAAUACUGCUUCCGGUUCAAUUUGUGUAUUUUUCAUACAGAUAAACACAUAAAUGGAAACAAAAAUGUUUCAACCAAAUGCAAAAAUGCGUGUUUAUUCAAUGACACUUUUUAAAAAAACGAAAAUAGGACGUCUGGUGAACAAAGAUGUUAGCAUUAUGCUAAAGGCAGAGGAAAAGCUAAAAUACUGCUUCCGGUUCAAUUUGUGUAUUUUUCACACAGAUAAACACAUAAAUGGAAACAAAAAUGUUUCAACCAAAUGCAAAAAUGCGUGUUUAUCUAUUCAAUGACACUUUUUAAAAAACGAAAAUAGGACGUCAGCUGAACAAAGAUGUUAGCAUUAUGCUAAAGGCAAAGGAACAGCUAAAAUACUGCUUCCGGUUCAAUUUGUGUAUUUUUCACACAGAUAAACACGUAAAUGGAAACAAAAAUGUUUCAACCAAAUGCAAAAAUGCGUGUUUAUCUAUUCAAUGACACUUUUUAAAAAACGAAAAUAGGACGUCUGCUGAACAAAGAUGUUAGCAUCAUGCUAAAGGCAAAGGAAAAGCUAAAAUACUGCUUCCGGUUCAAUUUGUGUAUUUUUCACACGGAUAAACACGUAAAUGGAAACAAAAAUGUUUCAACCAAAUGCAAAAAUGUGUGUUUAUUCAAUGACACUUUUUAAAAAACGAAAAUAGGACGUCUGCUGAACAAAGAUGUUAGCGUUAUGCUAAAGGCAAAGGAAAAGCUAAAAUACUGCUUCCGGUUCAAUUUGUGUAUUUUUCACACAGAUAAACACAUAAAUGGAAACAAAAAUGUUUCAACCAAAUGCAAAAAUGCGUGUUUAUUCAAUGACACUUUUUAAAAAAACGAAAAUAGGACGUCUGCUGAACAAAGAUGUUAGCGUUAUGCUAAAGGCAAAGGAAAAGCUAAAAUACUGCUUCCGGUUCAAUUUGUGUAUUUUUCACACAGAUAAACACAUAAAUGGAAACAAAAAUGUUUCAACCAAAUGCAAAAAUGCGUGUUUAUUCAAUGACACUUUUUAAAAAACGAAAAUGGGACGUCUGCUGAACAAAGAUGUUAGCAUUAUGCUAAA